CUUCUCCUCACCCUUUCCACAACACAGAACAAUACGAGUAUGGCUGAAGAGAGACAGUGGACAAUACUGGCCCAGCAUCUAUCACACCAUGUCAUCUCCGUGUUCAGCCAUGGCUUAUCAUCAUGACAGCAGGCGAAUAUUUGUAGGCCAGGAUAACGGAGCCAUCAUGGAGUUUCAUAUUUCAGAGGACUUCAAUAAGAUGAACUUUGUGAAGACCUACCCAGCUCAUCAGAAUCGAGUGUCUGCUAUUACCUUCUGCCUGACAUCAGAGUGGGUUAUCAGCACUGGUCAUGACAAGUGCAUCAGCUGGAUGUGUACCAGGAGUGGGAGUAUGCUGGGGAGACAUUACUUCACCUCAUGGGCUUCAUGUCUACAGUAUCCUUUGUAAACGAUUGGUGCCCAG